ACAACGGGUGAAGGCUCACAUGACUGAAUGUUUCUCCAUUAAAAUAUAGCAGGAUUACCUGUAUGUGGGAAAACUAGUAUGUCAGAAAAGUCUAGGCCAGAAGCUUCUUCCUGAGCAGAUACUUUUCUAUGUGCAAGAUAUGUUUGUUUGUUUUGUGUGUGUGUGUGUGUGUGUGUGUCAUGUCAGUUCACCUCCUCAUUAGGAGACUCAGAAAAGGUUUCAUGACCUCCUCCGCUACUUGUGAGAAGGAAGUUUUCGUCCAAAUUAACUUUAGCAGGAUUUAGGCCUCGAUGUUUCCUGGUUUCCAUGGCAACCACAGCCAAGCAGCCUCUGAGCAGAUUACACAGAUUAAGCAGGCCAAAGAGAUGGAUCCACCCCGGAGCUGAACACAGUCCCUUCCUUCGCCUUUCAGGACAAAAACCAUGUCGGGAAAUGAUGGGAGCCAGCCUCUAUGACGCGAAGCCCAGUCACCUGUCGUUUCAUGAAUUUUCAAAUAUAUAAAACUCCACGCAACAACUGCUGAAGGGAGGGUGCCGGUUUUCUGCACGAUGAGCAAGAGCGCCGCCGAGAGGAAGAGAGAGAGCCGGGCGAGGCAAAGCGACGAGCAGAGACUCCUUGAGCGAGAGAAGGCGAGGAGAGCAAUGAAGAUGAUCAGGGAAGACCGAAAGCUGGACAGCGCAUACCAAAAGAAGCACAGGAAAGACUCUUGGAAGAGGAUGCGCCUCAUGAGGCAAAGGAGGAAAGAUGCUGAAGAGGUGCUGAGGAAGGCCGGGUCCUCUCAGGCAUCGCCACUUACGCCACACCAAACAUUUGGGCACUGGAUACCACCAGAAGUCAAAAUGGAGGACCAAGACCUUGAAGAGCCUGAAACAGGGGAGAUGCCUGAGGCGGGAGGAAGGGACCUGCGUGUUGUCCAGGUUGAGACCACUGAAGAGCUGUCAAGAAGGCUGUCUCCAUUCCCAAUAAAGGAGGAACCAGAGGACGGGUACUGUGAAACCCAUUGGCAAGGCUUCAUGCAGCCGGCACAACCCCCUCACACAGAACAUGAUGAUCCAUGCUUGCUUGAUCCUGAGUCUGAAGAGGGCCCUAGGGAUUUGCUCAUUCUGUCUGCCAGUGGAGUGACAGACACCACUCAGUGGCCUCGGAGCGAGCUUACGAAGCGAACCCUGCCAGACUUUUCGAGAGGAUCCCUCAAGGUCUGUGAGCAUCGCCUGGAUUCUCCUGCAAGAGUGAAAGAAGAGAGUCCAGACCUAGGCAGCUUGGAGGCACGCUACCACAACUUCAGGCACUUCUGCUAUCGAGAAGCCGAAGGACCCAUGGGGUUGUGGAGGCAUCUCCAGGAGCUUUGCCACCAGUGGCUGAGGCCAGAAGAGCACACCAAGGAGCAGAUCCUGGAGCUGGUGAUCCUGGAGCAGUUCUUGGCCAUCCUGCCCCCGGAGAUGCAGAUCUGGGUUCAGGGGCAUGGCCCAGAGACUUGCGCCCAGGCAGUGAUUCUGGCAGAGGAUUUCCUGCUUGGGUCACAGGAGCUUGAAGAGCAGAAGCAGCAGGUUAACCUGAUGUUUGAAGAGGCGGUUGCUAGCUCACCAGAGGCAGAGGAGGAGCCAAUAGCACAACUUUGCACAGAAGGACUGCGGAAAGGCAAAAGUAGAGCCAUCAUGUUGGCUCAGGUGCAGCCCAAAGCAAAAAGGAAGAUGCAGGACCAAGGACAAGCCAAAUUGGGAGAGGAUUUGGCAGCACAAGAAGGAGACCUUCAUGUGGUCCAGAUGGAGACCACAGGGGAGUCACUGGAAGGGGCAGCAGCAUUGCAGCCAAUUAAACUGGAGCCUGAGGAGGGGCAGCGAGAGCGCUGGGAAGCACAGUUGCAGGACUUCCUUAGGACAAUGCAGUCCCCUCCCUCAGGGUGGAAGAACCCACAGACCCCACCUGCCUCGGGGAAGCCUGCAGAGGAGGACGGCAGGGUCCUCUCAACGACGGGAAGGAGCGAUGUCAGCCAGUGGCCCAAAGGACUGUGGGUCACCCAAAGGCAGACAGGCCUGAGCAGAGAAGCUCAGCAGGCUUCUGACAACGUGGACUCCUCCGAGAAAGCAGAAGAGGAGGGGCUUCUCGACGAGGACGCUGCCAGCGUGGAGGCUCUGCGCCAGCGUUUCCGGCAGUUCAGCUGUCGGCAAGCUGAGAGGCCCCGAGACGUCUGCAAGAGGCUCUGGGAGGUUUGCCACCAGUGGCUGAAGCCGGAGAGGCGCUCAAAGGAGCAGAUCUUGGAUGUGCUGAUCCUGGAGCAGUUUCUGAGCGUCCUCCCUGUAGAGAUGGAGAGCUGGGUUAGGGAACGCCGUCCAGAGACUUGUGCCCAGGCGGUGGCCCUGGCAGAGGUCUUCCUCCUGAGGCCACAGGAGCCCAAGAGACAGGAGCCAAAGGUGUUGUUCCCACCAGAGGAUGAGCUGAAUUCUCUGGAGUCAUCUGGAGCCCCUUCAGAUUCCCCAAAGACGAUGCAGAGGCUCCCCCUGGAGGCCAAAACAGAGGAUGAGGUGGACAUCAACUUACUAAAUCGGUACAUACAGAUGAACGUGUGCUUCAACGUGGAAACUCGAGAACUGCGGAAGAGGCUCCUGGCCAGACAGCGCCAGAGACGCCACAGAGCGCGGCAGACCCCGGAGCAGCGGCUGCAGCGCCGGCGCGUCGAAGCCGAAAGGAAUGCGCGGCGCCGGGCUACUGAAACCCCCGAACAAGGGGCGGUUCGCAGGCAAAAGGAUGCACAGAGGAAGUUGCAAAAAAGGAAGUGUCCCCUUGAUGCCCAUCCUCUGGCUGUUCUUCAGACAGACUCUUGUGAGACCUUGGCAGGGGCAGAAGAUGCCACAAUCACCCCCAGCGUCCUUGCCAUUGGAGAAGUCGGUGAAGUGGCCAAGAACAGCUGCGGUUCCCUGGCCCUUUCCACCUUUUGACAUUGCACCAAAUAUUUAUCUGGAUGAACAGGGCUAGAGGAAUCCCAGGCACUGGGUCACCAGGGCACACAGAUAUUUGAAAUACUUUUCUAGCUCUGUUGGAGAAUGUAUACACUCAGCCAAAAGUUAACGUUUGAUUGUGUUGGAGGGAUAUCAGUUCUAGCGUCUUUCGCCGUGUUUUAACUGUGUUUAAUUUAUCUGUGUUUUAAUUUAUCUUUUGGAGUCUGUUACUUGCCCAAGAGCUGACAUGAAAUAUACAUGCAUAAUAAAAAGUUAAUUUUUAUUUAUUAUUUUGAA